GGGUCUCUGGUAAUUAGGGCCCAGGAGUGUCACAGGAUGAGCAAUACAUCUUCACCUGCCGCUGACUCACCUGGUGCCCCAGGUAAAAGGCACCCAGAUAAAAGGUAGGGAAGGAGGCAGAGAAAGAAGGAAGUAUCCAGGCUGAGCAUCAUGAAGGGGCCCUCACCCACCAGCAGCCUCCUGCUGCUACUGUUGCUCCUAAGCCCAGACCCUGGAGGAGCACUGCCACUGGCACCCAGCACUACAUCAUGCUGUACUCCGUUCUACCGACAGCCACUCUCAAGCAAACUACUGAGGAACAUCAUCCAAGUGGAAUUUCAGGAAGCUGAUGGGAACUGUCACCUCCAGGCCUUCGUGUUUCACCUGUCUCGACGCAGCGUCUGCAUCCACCCCCAGAACCGCAGCCUGACUCUGUGAUUUGACUGCCAAGGGAAGAGGCUCCAGGGGACUCUGCAACUGAGUUUGGAGAUGAUAGGGAAAAUGGGCCGGGGCCCCCAGUAG